AUGGCGGGAAGAAAGACACUGGAGAGACCUUUAGAAUCACUGGUGAGCAGGGCACGGCGGAUUGCGAGACUUAGGAAGAUUCGGGAGGGUUCUGUGAACGACGAGGAUGUGGAUGGACCUUUUGCUUCGGGAAAGGUUGAACGGACUGAUAAGUCUGGCAAAUCGGCGAAAUUAUCCACGGAGAAUCCAGCACUACAGCAAAAAAGCUCGACCUCGCUCGAUCUGCCCGGUCAUGAUGCCAACAACAACACCAACAACAACCAGAACACCGACAAUGAAAGCAAUACCGACCCUAAUGCAUCCGAUUCCGACGCCAAGUCAAACGUCUCAUCCAAGACUUCCCUCUCCAAAAGAUCCAUCAAGUCCACCAACUCUACUACCUCCCCAAUCCUCACACCCUCCUCCUCUCCCCCAGUCAAAAAACACCCGGAGUCACCUCCUGCACCACCACCCUCACCACCAGAACGACUAUCAUCAAACUACGUCCUGAAUAAAAUGACAUCAUGGAUCUGGAAGCCAAGGGGGCAGGAGGAGGUCGUCAUGGGGAAACAAAAGUUGGAAAGAAAGAAGUGGGAAUUGAACAGAGAAGAGUGGAUAGAUCACCCCCUUUUCGCGGCCGUAACAGCAAUAAAGGUAACGAAGCGGGAUCUUGCAGAUUUGAUUUACCCCGAAACAACACGACAAGGUAAGGAAAUGGAGGAGAUGACGCAAAAGCGUGUGAAAACCAAACAAACGCCAGGACUGAAAAGGUUUUUCAACUCUGAAGUUCCCUUCAUCGCGUAUGUCAGGACCACAGGCCUAGAGGGAAGAGAAGACGAAGACUUGCUGCAGAUUGUGAGAGACCAGAUACGGGACGUCAUGAGAAGUUACGAGCAGACGGAUAAACGCAAGAAAGAAGCGAUAUCUGCGGCAGAGGGGUAUUUACCACUUGAAAGCCGACUCGGAGGGUUCUUGACUCAGGAGGAUUUGCAAAGACAGUUUGCGUUGCCGAGUUGGCGGAAAAGGGAGUUGGAGUUCUUGAGUGAGGGUUUAGUGAAGAUGCGGAGGAGAAAGGAGGAGAGAAGGAUACAGGAUGGAGAGAUCAAGGAGUGGGUGAUGGGGGGUAAGAGGGCGAGGGAGGAGGGGGUUCGUACCGCGGGAGGUAAAAAGGAGGAUGGAGAACAACAAGAGGAGAAGAAGAAGAAGGAAAACGAACCGAAAGAUCAAGUACAACCCUCCCAGGAAUCCGACACCUCCCACCCCGAGCCUUUUGAACUUCCCCCUUGCACACCCACCGAAUAUUUCUCCCACCGCCGCCACCGCCUGCACAACUUUUGGACCCAAGAAGCUCAACCGGCUGAUUUCAAUUACGCCAAAGCCAUCAAGCGCACCACCUUCCGCAAUUGGAGGGGUGUUAAAAAGAAAAGAAGAAGCUGCAGCAAGGUAUACAGAUCGAGAUGGACAACCUCCUCCUGCUGGUCCUCCUCUUCCUCCUCGACCGAAGAUGAGGAGGAGAACAAGGGGCGGAAGACUGCAGCUGAGUGGUUCGCUGGCUAUCAACAACGUAAGCGGGAGCGAAUGCUGCGAAUGGGUACCUCUAUGGAUGGUAGUGGUCGUAGUGUUCGUACGGAUACCGGUGAGUCACCAGUGUCAGGAGGGUCGACGAGGAGGAAGAAGAACCAGACUCGUCAAGAAUGGGCUGAGGAUGAUGGUAAUAAAGACUGGGAGGGGGGAAAGGGAGAGGACUCGGACCAUGAGAGACGGAUACUGGCUGAUGAUUUGGAGUUGGUGGUUGAUGCCAGUGAGGAUGAGGAUAUCUUGAGGUUUUUGGGUGAUCGUUGUGAUGACGACGACGACGAUGAUGAUGAUGAUGAUGUGGGGGGUGAGGGAGGGUGGAUUGGAAGUGAAGGGGUAGGUGGGGAUGAGGAUAGUUACCCGCUUGUAGAUCAUGUUCGGGAGUCAAUGAUGAAUGAGUAUUAA